AUGAUCGGCGCGGCGCAAAGGGCCCUCCCAGGCCAGGCCCAGCGCUCCCCCGUCGCGCAGAGGCGGCCGUCCGGCGCCCCCCGCAGCGUCCGCACGCGCUACAAGGCGAAGAAGCACGGGGACGGCGCGGCGGGCGCGGACGAGGCCGCGAAACCCUCUGGCGGAGCGGACUCGGCUGAAGCGGCGCAGCCUGUGUUCGACCUCCUCGCGGCGAUCAAGAAGGGCCCCGGCGCCACGUCGACGAUGCGGCCCUCGUCGGUUCCGCUCGGGCCGCGCAUGCGCAUCCUCGAAAUCCCCAACCUCCGCGACAAGCUCGAGCCCCGGACCAACCCCUUUUGCGACCCCAACGGGACGCGCGCGAACUUCGACACGGGCUUCGUGACCGACGACGACUACGUCGUCGCGCAGGCGCUGAACCGCAUCAGCAGCGACCACCAGAGCGUCGUGAACGUCCCGGACGUCCACAAGCUCGGCGCGAGCAGCACGCUGCCGGUUCCCGCGAGUGCCGUGGGGGCCACGCCGCUCGCGUCGUCGAUGCUGUCGAUGGACGACGACGGCUCGGUGUCGCAGCUGUACCUCCAGCGCGCCGGCGCGCGCCGCACGAUCUACUUCAACCCGGAAACGACCACCGCCGCCAUCGUGACGUGCGGGGGGCUGUGCCCCGGGCUGAACGACGUGGUCAUGGGCCUCGUGCGGAAGCUCGAGGACUACGGCGUCCCCGAGGGCAACAUCCUCGGGCUGCGCUACGGCUUCCGGGGCUUCUACGACAACGAGCGGAAGCCGAUUGUGUUGACGACGCGGCACGUCGAGGGCAUCCAGACGCGCGGCGGGACGGUGCUGGGGACGUCCCGCGGCGGCGCGAAGAUCGAGGAGAUGGUGAAGAAGAUCUCGCUGUGGGGCAUCAACCAGCUGUACGUCAUCGGCGGCAACGGCGGCAACGCCGGCGCGCUGGCCAUCCACGAGGAGUGCGUGCGGCAGGGCGUCGUGUGCAGCGUCGUGGGCAUCCCCAAGUCCAUCGACAACGACAUCCUCAUGAUCGACAAGACCUUCGGGUUCGACACGGCCGUCGAGGAGGCGCAGAAGGCUCUGAUGGCCGCCAACGUCGAAGCGACCUCGGCGCACCGCGGCGUGGGGCUCGUGAAGCUCAUGGGCCGGCAGUCCGGGUUCAUCGCGAUGCAGGCGUCGCUCGCGUCGGGCGUGGUCGACGCGUGUCUGAUCCCGGAGGUGCCGUUCCACCUCGACGGCGAGGCGGGGCUGCUCGCCUACCUGGAGAAGGUGAUCAAGAGGAAGGGGCACGCGGUGGUGUGCGUGGCCGAGGGCGCGGGGCAGGACAUGCUGACGGCGGACGGCGCGAUCGAGGGCACGGACGCGUCCGGCAACCCUAUUUUGAAAGACAUAGGGUUGUAUCUCAAGAAGCGCCUGACCAAGGAGCUGCCCGACGCGACGGUCAAGUACAUCGACCCGACGUACAUGAUCCGCGCGAUCCCGACGACGGCGAACGACCGCAUCUACUGCACGCUGCUCGCGAUGAACGCGGUGCAUGCAGCGUUCGCGGGUUACACUGGCAUCACCAUCGGUCUGUGCAACACGCACUAUGCGCUGCUGCCCACGGGGACGGUCAUCUCCGCCGCGCGGACGGUGAACCCGCAGGGCAAGAUGUGGAACCGUCUGCGCCACUCCACGGGGCAGCCGGAGUUCGACGGGCCGCCGCUGUCGAAUUGA